UUUUGAACUCCUGAACUCAGGUGAGCCACCCACCCCAGCAUCCCAAAGUGCUGGGAUUACACCACACCUGGCUCACAAGCUUUAUGUUUUUAAGGAUGUUAGACAUGUUUCUUGUUUUUUGUUUGUUUUUUUGUUUUGUAUUUUUAGAAAAAUAAAAAACCCUUAACAAUAAUGUAGGAGAAUAAGAGAAAGUUUUCCAAAAAAGAGAAAUCAUUGUGAUUAUUUAUCUUAGUGGAAUGUUGGAUAAUAUAGUCUGCUUUAUCAAUCAUCAAGCACACUACAAAAUUUCCAUUUUAAUAGGAUUUGUACCUCAAUUGAGGUAAUACAGCUUUAAAGUUUUUAAAGUGAAAGCCAGCCCCGCCCCUCUCCUGGAGUGGGCGGGGACAGCGGUUCCAUGGCGGCUUACCUUGUGACAUCACAGGUUCUUCAGGACAGGCUGCUGUCUGGCCACGCCUCCUUUCCCUUGCAUCUUUCUCAUUGACCAAUAGGCUUGAUGCAUUAAGGCCACGCCCCUAUUCUGCAUUCUAGUGUGGCCCUGGUUACGCCUCUUCUGGCUCAGUCACACAGCUACCUGGUAGGUGACUGGAGGUGUAUAGUUGUCCUCGCCUGGAUUGUGCUGAUGUGGCCCCAACCCCACCGCCCUACCCAUCCCAUGAUGUCCGAAGAAACCCGAGCGAUCAAAUUGGCCAAGGCCAAGGAAAAGUUGAGAGACUACCAUCCCCAGGCCAACCCUGGUGUUGGUACAGGAGCAGGACCUGAAGGCAUCAAUAAUGGUGCUAACCCUGGGACAAGCACUUCUGGUGGUUGCCACUCCUACGAGGAUGAAAAGAAGGCAAGCCACCAACAUCAGGAAGCCCUAAGGAGGGAGCUAGAGGCCCAGGUUCAUACCAUACGAAUCCUUACAUGUGAGAAAACCAGGCUUAGGCGGCACUCUAGCUACAGCCAGUGUGCUGUCCAGCAGUUGGAAGGAGAGUCCAGGCAUCUGGUCAGCCGCCUGCAUGAUUCAUGGAACUUUGCAAGAGAUUUAGAGCGGGAUCUCUCUGCUGUUGCUACACAGAAGAAGAAGGCUGACAGGGUGAGUCCAACCACCUGCCGUCCCCUGAACCCGGCUUCACAGAUGGAGGAUACAUCGAGGGAGUUAACAAAGGAGAGGGACGCCCUGAGUCUGGAGGCUGUACGUGGUAGCAUAACCGAUGAUGAGCUGAAGGAGAAAAAUGCCGAACUACAAGAAAAACUUCGACUUGUAGAAUCUGAGAAGUCUGAGAUCCAGCUCAAUGUAAAGGAGCUAGAAAGGAAGCUGGAGAAGGCCAAGCUCCUGCUGCCACAGCAGCAGCUGGGGAGAGCUGACCACUGGGUAAGGAGCUUCCAGAGUGUGUCAGCGGCUCCAGGCCAAGUGGAAGAGAACAAGUUGUGGAACCGCCUGUACCAGCAACAGGAAGAGAAGAUGUGGAGGCAGCAAGAGAAGAUACACGAGCAGGAGGAGAAGAUACGGGAGCAGGCGGAGAAGAUGCACAAUCAGGAGGAGAAGAUAAGGGAGCAGGAGGAGAAGAUCAUGCACAAUCAGGAGGAGAAGAUGCAGGAGCAGGAGGAGAAGAUGCACAAUCAGGAGGGAGAAUACGGGAGCAGGCGGAGGAAGAUGCACAAUCAGGAGGAGAAGAUCCGGGAGCAGGUGGAGAAUAUGCAUGAGCAGAAGGAGAAGAUAAGGGAGCAGGAGGAGAAAAUGCAUGAGCAGAAGGAGAAGAUACGGGAGCAGGAGGAGAAGAUGCAGGAGCAAGAAGAGAAGAUGUGGAGGCAGGAGGAGAAGAUCUUUGGGGAGCAGAAGGAAUGUCUUAUGAAGCAGGAGAAGAAGAUGUGUGAGCAGGAGGAGAAGCUGUGGGAGAAGGAGAAGAGGCUGUGGCAGCUGGAGGAGAAGAUGCAGAAGCAGGAGGAGCACCUGGAAGCUGCCAUCUACGGCACGUAG